AUGGCAGACGGUUCAUCCUUGCCUCCACCUCCUGGCCGCAACCAAUCAAAGGCCAGCAGUGCGCGGCAUGUUGCCUUUUCCGAAACUGCCUCAGCUCCCAGCAAGGUCCGCGAACAGCCCUAUCCGGUUCCCGACCUUGACCAUGAGCGCCCCAAGCGUAUUCGUCCAGGCUGCUACGCUUGCUGCGCAUGGUGCUGCUUGGUCUUCUUCGCCAUUGUGAUUCUCGCUCUCAUUAUUGGUUUCAUUUGCGUGGCCAUCUUCCAUUCGUAUCUCCCAACAAUCUACAUCCGAAGAUUCAACGCCACCAGCCUCAACUUUACUAAAAACCACAAUAACAUUGUCUUGAAGGGAAAUGUAGAUUUUCUUGUGGAGUUCUUUAACAAGAAUGACAAAACUGAGCUCAAGUAUGGCGCCUUCAAGAUCAAAGUUACGUCUGCGCACAUCCCGCUAGGUAGCACCCAGUUUUCUCAGUUUACUCAGGGCCACAAGAACACCAAGUUCUUGAAUGGAACUGUUAGGGUUAAUAAAUCCAAGAUUGACAAAGACGACGCAGACCAACUCAAGAUCGACAUGAAAAAUAGGGACAUGACACUGAAUUUAGGCAUGACCGGAAGCGUUAGCUUCCCCAUUGGAGGAAUUCAGUUUAAUGACAUUCCGAUCAUUUCAAACUGCGAUGCCAAGCAAAGGGAAAUUGAUUUCGGAAACAAGGCUAAAUGUGAUUAUAAGAUUAUCCCCAUAUAA